AUGUCUGCACACGCACAACAACAACGCGAGGAGUCGGCCUACGAGAAGGUCUUCAGGGUUUCGGAACUCGCCGAAGCAGUUCUAUUAGAACUUCCACCACGACAAGUCCUACGCAAUCAAAUCGUAUGCAGACAAUGGAAAGAAGUCAUCAAAGGGUCCAUCCCAUUGCAAGAAGCGCUCUUCUUCCGGCCACUCACCAUCACACCACCCGUCCACUACGAGUCGGAACAUGAUCACUGGGCAAUAUCAGAAGCUCCCCGCUCGCGCGUCAUAGUAUUCCAGUUCCCACUUCUUGACUCCAACCUCCGCGGCUCUCUACUGUCCCAGUCGUCCUGGCGGCGACAGCUCGUUACCCAGCCGCCCCUGGAGAAGUGUAAAGUCAUCCACAGCACGCUGACGCAUUACGAGGAGAAGAACCUCUCCGCGCCAGAGGAGGGCGGCGGGGUGCGCGCGGGCCAGAUAUCGGAGCUCGAGACGUCGGAAUGGCAUCGAGGCGGUCUGUCGAUAGAUGGGUGGCGUACUUGGAGGACGUGUUCGGACAAUUGGAGGAUGCUACCGGCGAGAGAGUUCCUUGGGCUUCUGAUCCAGGAGAUCAAGGGGGAAGACUGA